AUGUGUGAAAAAUUAAAAAUGGACCCUGAUUCGCUCUCAUCGAGCUUGUUUAAGUGGGACACUCGAGCCGCUCUUGCUCCACCGGCGGCUCGUGUUUACGAGCCAGUAACCCUACAACCACAACCACAACCACAACAACAACAACCACCUCCGCCGUCGUCCAUGGCGGCGACAUCAGCCGGAAUGGGUGGCUAUUUGGUGCGGGAAAGCCGGGAUCUUGGUGGGUUAGAGGAGGUGUUUCAUGCUUACGGCGUACGGUAUUUCACGGCUGCAAAGAUUUUGGAGCUCGGUUUCACGGCUAACACGCUGUUAGACAUGAAAGAUGAGGAGCUUGAUGAGAUGAUGAACAGUUUGUGUCAUAUUUUCCGGUGGGAUUUGCUUGUUGGUGAGAGGUAUGGGAUCAAAGCCGCCGUGAGAGCCGAGCGGCGCCGGUUGGAGGAGGAGGAUUCACGGCGGCGUUAUCUUCUUGGUUCUGAUAAUACAAAUACCUUGGAUGCUCUUUCUCAAGAGGGUUUGUCGGAGGAGCCAGUGCAACAAGAAAUUGAAGCGGUGGGGAGUGGUGGUGGUGGUGGCGGAGGGUGGGAAUUUGCGGCGAUGGGGAUGUGUGCCGGAGCAAAAACUAAACACGGUGGGCAACGGAAGAGCAAGAAACUUGGUGUUAAGGGGAGAAUUGGAUCGUCUUCACAAGCGGGUAGAGGAGAUGAUAAUUAUGAAAAUGAAAGUGAUGAUGAACCAGAGAACGGUGGCGGUGGCGGAGCAGAGAGGCAAAGAGAGCAUCCGUUCAUUGUGACAGAGCCGGGGGAGGUGGCGCGUGGAAAAAAGAAUGGACUUGAUUACUUGUUUCAUCUAUAUGAGCAAUGUCGUGAUUUCUUGAUCCAAGUUCAAACUAUUGCCAAAGAGAGAGGUGAAAAAUGUCCCACUAAGGUGACGAACCAGGUGUUCAGGUUUGCAAAGAAGGCUGGAGCUAGUUACAUCAACAAGCCGAAAAUGAGACACUAUGUUCAUUGUUACGCAUUGCAUUGUCUUGAUGAGGAGGGGUCAAAUGCACUAAGGAGGGAUUUUAAGGAAAGGGGGGAGAAUGUUGGGGCAUGGAGGCAGGCUUGCUACAAGCCCUUGGUUACAAUUGCAGCUCGACAAGGUUGGGACAUUGAUGCUAUAUUCAACACACAUCCACGCUUAUCGAUAUGGUAUGUCCCAACUAAACUCCGCCAACUCUGUCAUGCUGAACGAAGGGCUGCAGCUACUGCUGCAUCCACAUCCGUUGGUGGUGGAGCUGCAGGUGGUCAUCUGCAUUUCUAGGUGAUCGUUUGAGGGUUGAAAGUUAUAAGUUUGGUUUGUAGGAUGUGGAAAUUAAUUUAAGAUGCUCGUUGUAGUAAUGCUUGUUAUUGCCUUGUAGGGUAUUAAUUAUGAUUUGGUUU